UCUCAGUUUCUCUAUACUCUAAUGUAUCCUCUCUCAUUGCGCAGAUGAGGGUAGGGUUUGAUUGGUGAAAGCAGUGGGGUGAUUAUUACCGCAAGGGAGGAAAGUAUGUUUUUUAUUAUUUUAAUUGGGCCUAUGUUUUAUUAUUAUUAAACACCAGAGGGCUGAAAACGGUUAUUCUUAACUCCAUUUAUUGCGUUAGUAGUUGGCAAGAGAACAAUAGACUAGCACCCAGGCUAGGCGCAUGUGUCCUAAAAUCUUCUCAACCGUGGACUCUGCCCACCGAGUCCGCUGAUGACCUAAACCAAGCGCACCUUCUUCAGCCCAUGACGUUAGAGUGUCCAUCUGGACCAAGGAUUUGGACGGGGCUCGAGCGUAAAACUAUCGCUAAACUCAAAGCGGCUGCCUGGUACGUUUGGUAUCCUUACAUCAGCGACGACAACAACGAAGUGACAGCUUUAUUCUGUUUUCUUGAUGAUAUGGAGCGAUGCUUUAGUGUUAGCGGGGACAGUGGUGGCCUCACAGCCCCUACUUCUCCCUCCCCUGUGUCCCCCGUCCUCACCCCGACCCCCCCACCGCGGAGAGCCAGAGUGAGGUACCCAGCCAUGGUGGAUGUGGGGAAGUGGCCCCUCUUCACCCUGCUGGGGGCUCAGGAGGUCUCCCGCAUCAGACAGGCCUGUGUCUUCGGAACCUCGGCCAACGAAGCCAUCUACAUCACCCAGGACGAUGAGGUGUUUGUGUUUGGGCUGAACUGCAGUAACUGUCUGGGGACAGGAGACAGUCAGAGCACCAUGGUCCCUAAGAAACUAGACUUCCUCCGAGGCAAGAAGGUGGUCAGUCUCAGCUAUGGCAGUGGACCACACGUCUUACUGGCCACAGAAGGGGGAGAGUUGUUUGCCUGGGGGCACAAUGGAUACAGCCAGCUGGGCAACGGGACCACCAACCAGGGGGUGUCACCCAUCCUGGUUUCAACCAACCUGCAGAACAAGAAAAUAACACAAGUGGCCUGUGGGUCACAUCACUCUCUGGCCCUGACACACGAUGGAGAGGUGUUUGCGUGGGGUUACAACAACUGUGGCCAGGUGGGUUCAGGUGCCACAGCCAACCAGCCAACCCCCCGCAGGGUAACCAACUGCCUGCAGGGUAAAGUGGUGAUGGGCAUCGCCUGUGGACAGACCUCCUCCAUGGCUGUGCUCGACAAUGGGGAGGUGUUUGGCUGGGGCUACAAUGGGAAUGGCCAGCUGGGAGUGGGCAACAACGGUAACCAGCUGACCCCCUGUCGCCUGGCAGCCCUCCAGGGUCUCUGUGUACUACAAAUCGCGUCAGGCUAUGCCCACUCCCUGGCUCUAACCGACGAGGGCCUGCUGUAUGCCUGGGGGGCUAACACCUACGGACAGCUGGGUACUGGCAACAAGAGCAACCAGCUCAGUCCUGUACACAUUAUGGCUGAGAAGGAGAGGGGAGAGGGAGAGAGGCCCACCGUAGGCAGCAAAAGGACAAGGGAAAACACUGAAGAGGCGUGGCACAGAGAGACAGACAGGAUAGUGGAGAUCGCGGCGUGCCACUCCACACACACAUCUGCCUGUAAGACCCAGAGCGGCCAGGUGUACAUGUGGGGCCAGUGUAGGGGUCAGUCCAUCGUGCUGCCACACCUCACACACUUCUCCUGCACUGACGACGUCUUCGCCUGCUUCGCUACGCCGUCUGUCAUGUGGAGGCUACUCUCCAUGGAGCCUGAUGACUUCCUGACUGUGGCCCAGUCUCUGAGGAAAGAGUUUGACAGCCCUGAGACGGCCGACCUCAAGUUCAGUGUGGACGGGAAAUACAUCCACGUACACAAGGCUGUGCUCAAGAUCCGGUGUGAACACUUCCGCUCCAUGUUCCAGUCCCACUGGACAGAGGACAUGAAGGAGGUGAUUGAGAUCGACCAGUUCUCCUACCCCGUCUACCGCUCCUUCUUGGAGUUCCUCUACACUGACAACGUAGACCUGCCCCCAGAGGACGCCAUCGGCCUGUUGGACCUGGCCACAUCCUACUGUGAGAACCGUCUGAAACGUCUGUGUCAACACAUCAUCAAGAGAGGCAUCACCGUGGAGAACGCCUUCUCUCUGCUCUCUGCUGCCGUGCGAUACGACGCUGAGGACCUGGAGGAGUUCUGCUUCAAGUUCUGUGUGAACCACCUGACAGAGGUGACCCAGACUGCAGCCUUCUGGCAGAUCGAUGGCAACAUGCUCAAAGAGUUCAUCUGCAGAGCCAGCCGCUGUGGGGCCUUCAAAAACUGACUGACCACUAACCAGCCCCGAAGGAAGGACGAGGAAAGGGCUGGCAUGAACUGGUUUGGCUUGACACUACUUGGCCAUGGUAGAAAGGACAAAGAAAGAAUUGGUAUGAACAUGGAAACGGCUAGCUUGAACCGGAUCUCUAAAUUGCCAUAUUAUUAAUCCAUUGAGACAAUGUCUGGCGUGGUCAUCUGGUGAGGUCAUCUGGUGACUAUGGCUCACCUCCAGUUACACAGCCAAAGAAGCCAAAGCCAGUCUCUGCCUGUGCACCUAAUAUUCCACGUGGACAGAUGGCACUGUGGGGAGGAAGUUCCUUUACCAGUCAAAACAGUGAUAUCAGAGUUCAUUGUCUGUCACUGCAUGUUUACAAACCUGCUAAAUGGCAUCAGACUGCUCAUUUAGUGUCAGUUUAAUUGGAGGACCAUAGAUCUAGCUUAAGAUGGACACGGUUACAUGCCUGACAAUGUCUGAUGGCAGGUGAUUGGCAGUUAACCCCCCCCCCCCCCCCCGAUUUGCAGAUUAUUAUAAUAGACUUUUUUGCAUCAAAGUUGUGUACUUUGCUCUAUUGUUGAAGGGUUUGAUGUAGCUGGCCAGAAAUAUAUUUGACAGGGUUUAUGGUUCAGAGCCUGUGGAUGUUUUGAGGAAAUGACAGUUUCAAUAUGACCUGUAAUAUGCUGUGUACUGACAAAGUAGAGCAGAGCUUGUCAUUUAUUCAUUCAGGCACGUUAAUUCUCGAGACUUGAGAUGAACAUGGUGAUGCAAUGCAACAAUGAGCAGGAAGUUGGUUUUCAACUCUUCAGUUCUUUUACCAGACAGAAAACAAAACAUUUGCACCAUAUACAACUUGUUACUCUGUGUGAACUUUUUUUAUUCUUACAAAAAUAGAUAUUAUCUACAUUUUUUACUAUUACUUAUUGCAUUCCUUUGGUUGAGAUUACUCCACCCCAGCAUUUCCAAUCAUUCUGCUGCUUUGAAUAUUGUUUUAAUGGUUUAAUGUUCAUUACUACAUUCUAAUUUACUUUGAAGCGAGUGUUUGUACUGAAAUUUAAAUUCAAUGCAUUGUACUCUUAGAUUUGUUGCUUAUGUUUAUUUUUGCAAUUACAUUUAUUUUGAAAUAUUUACAAUUAUUUAGGAUGGAAAGAGUUUAUAUUGGUGCCACAAUUCUCAACAUGUUUAUCGACUUGCAAAAAAUGAAAUGCAACCACUUUGAAAUAAACAAAACUACAUUAUUGUAUACAA